AUGCGAUGUAUUCUCGCGCAAAGGAACGGCAAUGAGAGAAACAAGAUCGUAUUACUGCAAACUUCCCUUCUUCUGGGAUUCUAUCAUUCAGAGAUAGACGAGCAUGUACAACCCUGGUACUGGACAGGUAUCGCAAUAAGCAUCUGCCAAAUCCUUGGUCUACACCGUAACCCCGACUUUUCAAAACGAAACCCAUCCAUAACCGAACGGCAAAGGUCCUCAUGGCGCCGCCUGUGGUGGAGCUGUGUCUUUCGAGAUCGCUGGCUUAGCCUUACCAUGGGUAGACCUCUUCGAAUCAACAUGGACGAUUGCGAUACCCCUUUUCCGUCGCCAGAUGACUUACUUUACGAUAUCGCUGGCUUACAGGACCCUAUUUUUGGCUCAUACAUACCCAGCGAUAUGGGUAGACUGGCCGAAUAUUGGGUAAUGCUGAUUUCGUUAAGUCUUCAAUUGGGCAAUGUCCUUGCGAUGAACUACCGAACAAUUCGCCCAAAACCAUCUGCUCAUGAGAUUGGAGCCCUUGAGAAACAAUUACUACAGUGCGAUCUUCCGGAUCAAUACGAAGCUGGCUUAACUAGAGCCUCGAGGUUCUACUCGAAUCAUGUUCAUUUGCACUACCAGUCCGUUUCACCUCUCGAGAUCUCUGCACUCUUGAGGACCCUACUGAAUGACAAUACCAGAGCUUUACUUAUCACAUUCUAUCGUCCUCUUGGCACCGAGUUCCCGCACGAUCUUCAACCCGCGGAAAAGGAGGACUGGCAACAUCGAAUGAGGAUGAAGGCCGACGCAGCCGCGUCUCGGGCAAACGAAAUUUUAGAGACGCUCGUUCAAGAGGGACUCCUUUACUUUGCAGGACCAAUGACUCCUCCCCUUCUUAUCCCCGCGAUGCAAACCCAUCUGCUGCAAUGCAAAUCCGGUGAUGCUCUUUCCAAGCGAAUCAGACUUAACAAGCUUGAAAUGUGCAUGCUUGUGAUGGAAGAGCUUCAGAAAACCUACACUGUCGCCUCAAUCUAUCGGGGUAUCUUCGUCAAAGCAAUAGAACAGAUAUUCCCCGGAUAUUCGGCCCCUACGAUAUAUCCAAACGCCAUUGCCGCUGCUACCGCCCCUCUUGAUCCUAAUAUCCGACCAGAGAGCUUUCCUACGGCUCCGGAUGACUCUGAACAGAUUGCACGGUUCGAAGACACGCAGACUGGCGAUGUAGAUGGCAAUGGUCUGAUGAGUGCUUUGAUGGACGAGGCUUCUAUUUUCAAUUUCUGGGAGACUUGGAAUCAAAGUUAA